AGACGAACCCGAGGCCCCAAGUCGAAAAACUCCGACGCGCGCCGACGCUAUAGCGCGCUCGAACCCGAACAGCCGCCGACCGACGAAGCAAUACGCACGCACUCCGACGACGCACGAGGGACGUUUCGGCACGACACACUGGUCACUGCUCUGGCCUCGUGAUCUCUCUGCUUGCGGAGGCUCCGAGCUUCUCAAGGAGAAGACGCGACUCACUCCCUCACGCCAGAGUUUGCCGCGUCAGCAGCGAAGACGAAAGAAGAGCAGGCAGCCGAGGAACGACUGGCAACGCGUCCAUCUCCGAGCGUGACCAUGGCGUUCCAGCGGCCAUUCCUCAUCAUCCUCAAGCGUGAAGAGCCCGGCCUGCCCUGGGGAUUCAGGGUCUCUGGCGGCGCCGACCUAGCUACGCCCCCCAGGGUGGACAAGGUGGUCGACGGGGGCCUUGCGGCGCUACAGGGGAUGCACGAGGGCGACCUCAUCAUACAAGUGGGGAAGCACAACGUGCAGGAUCUGACCGAGGCCCGUAUCAACGCCCUCCUCGCACAGCCCGCCAAGAGGCUCGAAGUCUUCAUCGUCAGAGAAGACUUUCUCCAGAAGCCGAGAAAGGGCGAGCCCUCGACAGUGAAGGCAGUUGUACACAAUCAGUACAACUCGCCCCUGCAGCUCUACUCGCAGGAAAAAGUCGCCGAGACUUUGGCAUAUCACGCCCAGGCCAUCACCGCCGAGGACGGGGUCAACGACAUCCAACCCGUGGGGCUGCCCCAGAACCUCGUUCGCUCCGCUGUCCUACAGGCUUUGAGCGAAGACGAAAUUGGUGGAAACCCAUAUCGAACCGCGAACGGGACGACUGCUGUCCAGAGGGUUACUGCGCCUCCAACACCUCCACCAAAACCGCGGCCUCCAUCUUAUAGCGGUGGACCGCCGCAGCCAGAGAGGCCGUACUCUUCGUCCGGGUACCACGUGACCUUCUCCAACCCGGGAACUCCCGGCACGCCUCCUGUUCAGCCGCACCACACCUACAUACCACCUCCCCCGCCGCUGCAUAGCUACCAACAGCCUACCUACCAACAGCCAGCUUACCAAGAGCCGGCUUACCAACAGCCAAGCUACCAGCAGCAACCAGCGAGCUAUCCGGCUCAGCACGCGCGGCAGAGCAGCUACGAGGAAGUCGACGAGCGUCAGCAGAAGAUUCGGGAAGCCGAGCUAAGGCAGCGCCAGUACGAGGAAGAGCGUCUGCAGCAGGCGCAGUACGAAGAAGGCCGCUUCCGUCAACCACCGCAGGACUUCCGGCGCGUCGAGUUCGACGCCGAGCAAAGGAGACUCCGCGAAGCAGAGGAGCGCCGCCGACGCGUGCUUCAGGAGGAAGAGAGCAGGCGGCGCCAAGAGGAGGUGCAGCGCCAGAGGCGACUCGAGCAGGAGGAGCAGGAGCGCCAGCGGCGCCAGGAGCAGCAGGAGUACGAGCAGUACCAGCAGCACCAGCAGCAGUACCAGCGAUACCUCGAGGAGCAGAAGAGUAGGGACGACGAGCUGAGGCGGAGGAACCUGGAGCAGCAGCAACAGCAGCAGCAAGAGGCCGCCCGCCGCCGGCAGUUCGAAGAGCAACAGAGAAGGGCCCAGCUCCAGCAGCAGCAGCAGCAGCAGCAUCAACAGCAACAGCAACAGCAGGUGCGCUUCCAGAACGCCCAGCGGGAGCCGCUGAACGUGCAGCGAGCCCAACAAGAAGCCCAGAGGCGCUUCCAACCGAGUACAGCCGUCGCCAGUUCGCCGCAGCACCAGGAGCAGGUGGGCUCUCAGGCGCAGCGCUGGGAGAAUAGGAUCUGGGAGGAACAGCAGUCCAGGAUGCCCGGCACGCCGUUAGGAUCGCCGACCGUUUCGCGCCGGGCGCGCGAUAACGUGUGGCCACCAAAGGAAUCGAGCGUGCGAUGGACACCUAAGACGGGAUUUUCCCCGCAACUGACACGACAAAGUUCGCAGGGUGCCAAGCAGUUCGUGUGGCCACCGCCCAAAUCCGGCAUGGCCAACGGAGAUGAAGGCGGCUUCCCGUCUCGGCCUCCGAGCCGCUCGGCCGUGAACGCGUGGCACCCACCACAGUCGCCCACGUCCGGGACGCGGACGCCGCCGUUCGCGCGCUCCCCGUCACUGGGCCGCCGCACGCGCGACAUCGCCUGGCCGCCGCCGCAGGCCGAGUCGUCGCCCAAGUUCGUGCCGCGGCCCGUGAGCCGCAGCGGCCUGCACCGGCCCGACGAGUACAUCCACCAGAACGCCAGCUGCGGCGUGCCGCCCACCUACAGGCCGCCGCCAAACUCCUCCCAGUACCUGUAGACCGUCCCUCCCUUCGGAGCCACGUAGGGUUCCCUUACGUCCCCCGCCAUAGGAGAUGUGAGGGAACGCUACCACCACACCUCCGCGCCCUAACACUGCGUGCGCACACCGUCCCCCGUUGCCCUCGUUUUCCCUUCGCACCGCGCGCACGCACGCUCCCCAGACCACGGCCCUUUGGCGCCUUCGCUGGCCUACCGGACCCGUUCUUAGGACGGGAACCCGUGAAGCCAGGCCGCUGCUGUUUCGAGACCGCGAAGCGCACAGGGUCUCUGCUUCGCGAUUGACGUACUAGCAUAAAUUUUAAGCUCUCGCUUGUUCCCAAGCAGCAAGAUAACGCUAUUGUGACUCAACCACAUCUGGGUGCGGCCACACCUGAACUGGGACGCUUUGAGCGACACUUAUGUGUUUAGCCUUCGUAAAUAUCUGUCAGUGACUCGCAGAACAGAUAGUGCCUCGUGCUUGUUACAACUCCGCCGCCGAACGAAGCCGCCCUCGUUCCGAGCGAGUUCACUCGCCUGGCCCUACGAUAUAAACUCAGCAUCAGGGAUUUAAUUAAAAGUAAUCGAGUGCUAAGCUUCACCGUUUACUAAGAGGCCGUGGUCUGUGGAGACAGUAUACCACCCCAGCGUGAUGGACUAGAAAUAUAUGGGGAGUGGUUAGAUACGUGAUGUUCCUGGUGCAUGUUCUGAGCAUGGUUAUUCUUGUUUUAUUCUUUUUUAUCAAAGACAGCGUGGCGGGCAAGGAGACAAUAAAAGUCCGGCAAGAAGAAAAGUAAAUGUCUAGCGCGAUGUUCAGACAAGCGCACCUAAAGCAAAUACUCACCCGCCACGUGGUCCGCCCAUGAACACAAGACUCGACCACGUGCGUCUAGAACUUGCACCAGGGACGUCGCCCUUCUUGCGUUGCACACAUACACACACACACUAGCUGAACAGACUGCGAAGAGUUCGCAAUAUUUUGCGGCCCCAGAAACGAAAAAGACGAAUUCGUUACCGGGUGACCUUAGAACGGACUUAGUGUGUAUGUGCACCGCGGAAAUGGCUGCAAUUCUUUUUAGAGAGACGUUCGCGAGACGUUGGAGUUUUUCACUGCUUAUUUAAGUUUGUCUGUGUUACAUAAGCCCGCCCCUCCGCGGAUUGUACAUGCGCUCUCCACCAUUGGCUGGUGUACUAUUUAUUUUUCCUCUUAAAUGAAGCCAAUUUACAAAGAAUCGCUUACGCACUGUUAUUCGUGGCAUAAAUGUUUUGUUAAAAUUAAAUUGCGAGAAAAAAAGCUUUUACAAACUACACGCGCACACACAUUUAAAAGAACUGUGAUACGAUAUGAAAGGGCGAAAUUUUUCUACAUUUCGCCCGCUGGCGUCAAUAACAUUUUUUUCAAGGUGGCUUGGUGACCUAACAUAUUCUGCCCUCCGUCUUCUGCCCAGGAUUAACAGACCAGAGGGGAAUGUGACUGUAAAUAUACAGCAACGCAGCUGGUUUUACUCUGCACAUAAUCUGCCUCACUUUUACUAAACCAAACACACUAACACUGACUCAGGACCAGCGGGGCCACAGAUCACGCCUUUACCAAGCGGUGUGCUGUCCUUGUUAAAGUCGGGACGCCGAAUGCGCACGUGAUGCGUGACCUGCUACCUCUGUCAGGAAAAAGAGAACGAACGUUAUUAGGCAAUGCUCUUGCAAAAACGCGCUCAGAACAUCAAUGCUUUAGGCGAGCACGCAUUUUUUAAACAUUUGUUAUACGCCUGACUUUCUGUUUGGGUGCUGUUUUUUAUGUUGAUGUUUGAAUAAACGAUGAAGAAAAAGAUACCCCUUGUUGGCGA